AGAGAAGGGGCAGGGCAGUUCUUCAUCGAGCGAUCGGCCAUGGCUUCCUCUCUCUCCGCUGUCUGUUUUCCCUGCUCCAUCUCCUCGUCUUCCUCUUCUCUCUUAAAUCAACGCCGUCACGGCUCUACCUCCAUUCCACCGGUGCACACUUCCUCAGCCAAUGCUGCUACUUUGGUUGGUGCAUACUCUGUGACAUACGGGCCCAAACAACGGUGUUGUAGGAGAAUUCAAGCUGCAGCUGUUGUUUCAGCCCCUGUUGAGGAAGAACUUAAAGAGUACAUUCUUCCUUCUUGGUCGGAGUUUGAACUAGGAAUUGCCCCAGUCUUUUGGAAAACCAUGAAUGGCCUUCCACCAACCUCUGGAGAAAGUUUGACACUCUUCUACAAUCCUGUAUCAAGUAAACUCAUCCCAAAUGAUGAAUAUGGGGUUGCAUUUAAUGGGGGAUUUAAUCAGCCAAUUAUGUGCGGAAGUGAGCCAAGAGUAAUGACAAGGAGAAAUAGGGGGAAGGCUGAUCCACCCAUUUUCAUUAUAAAGAUACGUGUGCCUAAGCAUGCUGUCAACUUAAUAUUCUCCUUCACCAAUGGAGUUGAUUGGGAUGGUCCAUACAAACUGCAGUUCCAAACCUUGAAGAUGUGGAGGAAUAGACCAAUAAGCUUUUUCAAUGCAGGUCUAGCACAAGAGCUCAGUGCUGAAGGUGCUUGUGACAGAGCCAUUUAUCCUGAUCCAAAUAACUUUGUUGCAAGCUGUGCAAUUGGAAACCUUUACGCUGAAGGAGGAAAUAGUUGCAAGCUGAACCUUGUGCCAGGGUGCAUGGAUCCAAGUUCGCUAUUUUUUAAUCCAUUAGCAAAUGUAGAUGAUGGAUCUUGUCCCUUGGACACAGAUCCUGAUGAAGAAUAAUUUUCUAGGCAUGCUUCAGAAGACAUUUACAAUCCAAUUGAUCAAUGUACACUAUGUAAGUAAUUUCAUAUACUUUCUGUACGAUCCUAGUGCUGUUAAUUAAAUUCAUGUAUAACAUAAGUUGUAUUC